AUGGACAAACAAAUAAAGCCAAUAAUUCCUGUUCUAGGCCUACGUCAGGAGCACCAGGACUCAGAACGCUCUGUGUCUGUUUCUGAGUCUCCUGUGUCCAAAAUGUCCCAAAAAUUGCCCUUGAAGCUAAAUAACCCCAAGGUCAUCGACAAGCAGUCUUUGCAGUAUGUGAUCUAUUCAGGAGUAGCUGGCGGAGUAGCAGGAAGUGCCGCUAAGACAUUAAUUGCUCCACUAGACAGAGUGAAGAUUCUUUUUCAGACUGCUAAUCCAGAGUUCUCUCGGUUUUCCGGGUCUUUUAGCGGGCUCUUUAAGGCUGUCAGGCAGAUCUAUGGGUAUGAUGGUGUCGCAGGUCUAUAUCAGGGUCAUUCGGCUACCCUGUUGAGAAUUUUUCCCUAUGCAGCCAUAAAAUUUCUGGGGUUUGCUCUGUUGUUUUUCACUUACCCAUUGGACCUAAUCCGUGUCCGUUUGGCAUUUGAAACUCAUAGAGAAGUUAAUAGGGCUCGUGGAGGAAAGUUUUUGGGCAUAGUACGCAGGGUCUUCAACGAGGAACCCAGAUUUCAAGUCACAGCAUUAGACACUUUGGCAAGGUUGGGAAACUUUUAUCGUGGGUUCGCUCCUACAAUCUUUGGAAUGAUUCCAUAUGCUGGAGUCAGUUUUUACACACAUGAUCUCAUCCAUGACGUAUUUAGAUCCCGUCAUUUAAAAGGUUACACAGUUCAAGAAGAAGAGUUCAAAACUCUUGAAGACCUGACGGUCAAAACUAAUUCCUCCCAUGAUCGUAGAUUGCCUUUAUAUGUGUGGGCGCAGCUGACCGCGGGCGGUGCUGCUGGUAUGUUAGCACAAGCUGCGGCUUAUCCAUUUGAGGUCAUUAGAAGGCGUAUGCAAGUUGGGGCUGUUACAAACAACGGUGAGUAUUUAUCGAUAUUGCGUACUGCUUCACAAAUAUAUGUUGAAAAUGGUGCCAGAGGGUUUUACGUUGGUUUGACAAUUGGAUUUAUAAAAGUUGUCCCUAUGUUCGCAUGCAGCUUCUUUGUCUACGAAAGAAUAAAACGAAGGUUGGGAAUCUAA